UUCAGCACCAGUUCAGCACCACACGCGGUGGACAGCUCCCACUCCUCACUGAAGAAAACCACAUUAAACCACCGCAGAACCCUUCGAAACUGACCUGCUCAACACCCACACGACGAACCGAGUGCCGUGGCCAUGUAUGAUGGGGCGAGGGUUCCCUCCCCUGAGGAAGGCGCUAACGGGGUCCCCUUGCAGCCCGAGACCCCAGCGGCCACAUGUCCCAAAGCUAACGAAGAGCCUGAGGAAGAGGAGGGUGUACCACCCGAGCCCGUCCUGGUGAAGAAAGCCCACCGUGAGAUUCUGGACCAUGAGAGGAAGAGGAGGGUAGAGCUGAAAUGCAUGGAGCUACAGGAGAUGAUGGAGGAACAAGGGUAUUCAGAAGAGGAAAUCAGACAGAAGGUUGAAACAUUUCGUCAGAUGUUAAUGGAGAAAGAGGGAGUGAUAAUGCGAGACGGUCCACACCCACGUCCACCGGUCAGGCUGCUUCCACACGGUGAUGAAGAUCAUGUGGGAAAUGUUGCAUACACUGAUGGCUAUGAGGAAGACUGCAACUGGGAUAGAGAAUAUUACAAUCAUGACUCAACCGCCUACGAUGACUGCAGAUCCAAGAGAAAAUCCAGCAGUUCCCCCUCGCCUCGGCCAAAGAAGAGGAAAAAGAAGAAGGCAAGAAAGCACAAUCGUGCUGAGAGUCCGUCUACAACCCGCAGAGACAAGAGGAAGAAAAGCAGCAAGAAACACAAAAGAGACAGGUCCACAUCUGGUGCUAGGAGGAAGCGGAGACACAGAUCUGGGAGCCCCCAAAAUAAACACAAAGACAAGAACAAACAGAAAAAGAGGUCAUCUGUGGAUUCUCCUAGCAGAGUUUCUCAGCACAGAGGAAGCUGUUGUAGUUCUCGCAGUGGAUCGGUUUCAUCCACAGCCAGCAUCUCCAAGUCACCCAACAGAUCGAAUGUGAAGUGCAGUAACGACAGGCAUAAACAGGGAGGAAUUCGCUCCAGUCACAGCCCUCUGCCGUCCCCCAGCACUGACCAGCCAAUCACGUGGCAGAAUGGGAACUACAGCGCACGCGUCCGCAACGGCAAAGAUUCCGGAGUCAAAAACACAGACUGGAAUAAAGCCAACGAUAAACUUCGACCUCUGGCGACGUUUCCCUCGAGUGCGCAGACAUACACGUCACCUCCUCUAAGAAGUGUUAAGCACCCCAGCGUCAUUCCCAAGAACUCUGGAGGAAUCACGGCCCAGACGGGAGACGACGGCGGCUGCAGAGACAGCAAAUCGCUUUUGGAAUCGUCGGGGAGACGCAGCGGGCGGCCGAAGGUUCGAGAGAAGACGUCUGACUCGCCAGCACACAGCAGCGACUCUCAACAUGAUCCACAUGCUAAAACCAGGACUCAGAAGAAGACAAAAGGAUCUCAUUCGUCUAAGCGGCACCAUCGUGGACGAGGUCAGAAUCGUCACCGGAGUUCAUCCGUGUCGCCGGGUCAGCACAAACACACGUCUAAGAAGAAGAACAACAAAAGUCACGGAGCCACAAGACAGCGGAGCAGCUCCUGGAGCAGCGGGAGGUCAUCAUCACGACCUCAUUCAAGAGAACGCGACCCCAGCAAGAACAAAUCACCACACGCCCGCCAGAACAACUCAAGAGAGAGAGACAGUCCUCAUCAUUCUGAUGCGGAGAGAUCUCGCCGCCGCUCACGUAGUUAUUCUCCCAUUCGGAAAAGACGGAGAGACUCGCCCAGUUUCAUGGAAGCUCGCCGGAUCACCAGCGCACGGAAGCGGCCGAUCCCGUAUUACCGCCCGAGUCCAUCCUCUUCCAGCUCCGCGAGCAGCUACUGCAGCUCUAGUCGCAGUCGCAGCCGCAGUCGCAGUUACUACAGCUACAGCAGUUACAGCAGUUACAGUCGCAGUCGCAGCAGGAGUCGCUCCCGGAGCCCCAGUCCGGCACACAGUUACUACAGCCAAAGCAGCUCCGAGAGCCCUGGAUUCUGAGAUGAACUGGAGGUACACAGGGGGACUAAAAACAUUAAAACAGCGCAGGAUAUCCAUGUUCCCUUUCUACCGCAGGAUCUGCGCGGAAGACAACCAGAAGAAAAAAAUAUUAAAUGGAAUCAUGUCCAGAUAAAAUGCAGUGGGAAUCAGGGUUCCCAAACACACAGGAACACCAGGAAUCCAUUUCCAGCAGGUUAGAUGAAAGAUCAGUCAAUAAAUGCAUAUUAGGGUGGAUAAAGGCUGAGAAAAUUAAAAACGUAACAAAGAAAAAAAAAGGGAGUAACAGAGUUUGUUCAGACAGGUGGCAGAAUUUCAAAUGUUUUUAUUUCUCUUACUCAAAUCUGUUUUAUUGUCGGUGGUCUAAAAACAGCAAAAACCACCUGAAAUCUAAUUUAUCCAAAGCCAUUCAUAUAGGGAUUUUAAAUCCAAGGUUUUUGGAAAAUAGUCUCUUUCUGAAUGAUCAAACAGUUUAUUGCAUCCUUUUGGAAUUUAGGGACUAUGUUUGGAAAAUCUGCAAAAGUUAUCUGUAACUCAUUACAAUAAGGUUUCAUUUGGUAACAUAUUAAAUGCAUUACGAAUCAUGAACUAACAAUGAUUGUUAUACAGAAUUUAUUCAUCUUUGUUAAUGUUAAUUUAUAAAGAUACAAUUGUUCAUUGUUAGUCCAUGUAAGUACAUAAUGCAUUAACUAGUGUUAACAUGCACAACUUUUAAUUAAAAAUUAUUUGUAUAAGUGGAAAGUUAACAUUGACCAAGAUUAAUAAAUGCUAUAAAAGGAUUGUUUUUGUAAACAUUGUAAUUAACUAAUGUUAAUGAAUACACCCUUAUUUUAAAGAGUCUAAAGUUACACAACAAAAUACAGGCAGUUUACAGAAAUCAGUUGUUCAUCAAAAGUUCAAGGCUAAUCUUCAAACUCUUCACUUCAGUUAUUGACACACAUUCCUGAUGCAGAAAUAUUUCUGGUGUUGAGAAUAGCUGUUUUUGUCAGCAUCUGUGUAUUAAAUGCAGGCAAUGUUAUGAAUAUAAACACUUUAUUUAAUGACUUAAAAGCCUGAAGAACAAAGAUAAGCACUUUUUUCCUGAAAUUCUUCCACACUGCAAAAAUAACCAAAAAAUGGGUUAUUAAUGAAACUGAGUACUGUAGAGUAUCUUAAAAAACAUAUUACAAAAAGGGUGCAGAAUCAAGAAACAAUAUUCCUAAUCUAAUGAGUCUGACUCGACAAGCAAGAACAAACUAUUCGAUUUUUCAAUGGCUUGUGAUCUGAGUGAAUCUCUCGGGUCAUAUUUCACCCUGAAAAAAAUAAAAAAAUAAACAUAAUGAUAUUUUGCAAAGAUAAUGAAGCCUUUUUUUUUUACCACCAUUAAGAUUGAAUCAUUGUUACAUUAUUUUCAAAACAAUUAAGCAACAAUUUUUCAACAAUUAAAAAAAAUUAUUGUUACAUUAUUUUUAAAAGAAUUAAGCAACCAUUUCAAACAAUUUUCAAAACAGUCAUUGUAACAUUAUUUUCAAAACAAUGAAGCAACAAUUUCAAAUUAUUUUCACAAAAAAAAAAAAAAAAAAAAAAAAAAAAAAAAAAAAAAAAUCAGUUACAUUAUUAUCAAAACAUUUAUGCAACAAUUUAAAACAAUUAAAAAAAAAUCAUUGUUACAUUCUUUUUUAAACAAUUAAGCAACAAUUACAAACAUUUUUUCAAAAAACAAUAAUUGUUACAUUAUUUUCAAAACAAUUAAGCAACAAUUUAAAACAAUUAAAAAAAUUAUUGUUACAUUAUUUUCAAAAGAAUUAAUCAACAAUUUAAAAUAAAAUUCAAAACAAUUUUUGUCAUU